AUGGAAAAGGAUGAGAAGAUUUCACGGCCUGAUUCUGCUCAAAGUGACAAUGCGGCAAUCUUUUCUCUGGUUAUAUCUGCUUUGAAUCUCGAAUCUCUCCCAGCCUUUUGUGCCCGAGCCCGAAAAGCAUCAACAGACUCUGUGGAAAAUCAAGAAGCACUCAUCGAGCCGAUAAAUAUCGAACCUCCACUUUUUGGUUCCUACCACGCCUUAUUUCCAAUUCGAUUUCAAGAUGGUUUGCGUUGGAUCCUGAAGAUUCCCGCCUGUGGGACAUCUGAACAUUUCAAUGCGUCCGCCUCAUCAGCACUUCAAUCUGAAGCUUUGACCAUGAAACUUAUCCGACGCGAAACCUCAGUCCCAGUUCCUGAUGUCUUCGAAUUCGAUGCAACUGUGGGCAAUGAACUUGGUGUUCCUUUCAUCCUCAUGAGCUUCAUUCAGGGAACAUCUUUAACUCUCGAGGAUAUUGCUCGAACGAUGGCGGAACUGAGCUCGUUCUUGUUCCCUACCGGGGGAGCCUUGAUGUUUGAUAUGGACGGGAAACCCACUCCCGGGCCAUCGAGAUUUGUUGACCAUCAGGCAAUGCUUGAGCGGCUCGGGCAAGGAGACGAUGACGACAUUGAACCAGCGCUAUAUUUCGAAGCAGGCCCCUUCACAGACCCACAAGAUUUCUACCUUCUCUCACUUGACCGAACAAAGGAGCCGGAGAAAAAUCUCCAUAGGGGGUUGCGGAGACUUCUUCAGAUUCUUUUACGAUGGAUUCCGGUACCUCCAGACCCAAAGUUAGUUCUUACACAUCCGGACUUAAAUUUGCAGAAUGUUCUUGUAUCUGAGGAUGGGAGCCUGCAGGGCUUAAUUGAUUGGGAUGGUGUGGCCGCAGUUCCUCGUUUUCUGGGGAAUGAGAAAUACCCCUCUUGGCUCACUCGAGAUUGGGACCCGGCGAUGUACGCAUGGAAUGAAGAAAUGGAGCAGGGCAUUGAACAAGAUACAUUAUGGGAGGACUCUCCAGGGACCCUUGCCUUGCACCGCAAAGAGUAUAAUGACGCUAUGCAGCGGUAUCUAUCUCUACAGGGGGACUUGGUUGAAUCUUAUACCCCUGCUUCUCAAGGGUCAUCCACGACACAAAAAUCCCUAUUUGUCGAGAACCUGCUUAUUGCAGCCGAGGACCCUAUAUGCAGAUUUGGGAUUCUUACUAAAUUUGUUGAGAAGAUCGUUGAAUUGGCACAAGCAAACUCUUUGGAUCAUACCAGCAACCAAUAUGGGAACCUGGAGAUAUUCGAUAUAGCUAACGAUCUGGCAGAGGGUAAAUUGGAACGGGAAAUGCUUGAUUUUCUUAGAAGAGGCUUUGAGACUCUUCUCAACCAAAGAUUUAUAUGA